CCCGUGCCUAUAAAUACUCGUUUGUUGGUAGCAUACGACGCGUUUUGUUUUUGAAAGAAAACAGUUUCCCUUUAAAGAAAAUCAUGAGAUGUUUUAUUGCCCUCUCGAUUUUGGUUUGUGUCGCUGUGGCUAUACCGCCUAGCCGGCUUUGUCCCGGUAGAGGUGACCCGAAUGGCUAUGGACUUUGUGCGUCAGAGGGGUCCAAUUGUGACGUAGGAUUCACUUGCGUGAACGGGAUCUGCUGUCGUUCAAACGAUUUCAACAAACCACGUCUUUGUCCCAUUGGAAAACCAUUUGGAUACGGGCGAUGCGACAUGGAAGGAAACUGUCUAGGAGAUUUGGAGUGCAUCGCUGAUGUCUGCUGUAAAAUCCCCAAAGAGAGAGUGUGUCCUGCUGGCAAACCAGGUGGUUUCGGUUCUUGUGAUAAUGAUGAUGACUGCGAGAAUUCGAACCAUUAUUGUUUUGAUACAGAGGGUGAUGAAAAAGUUUGCUGCGAGGAUGGAGAGUCUAGCUCCGAAGAAGAAGAAGAGGAAUGCCAGGUUAAUCCUUGUGAAGGAUUUGUAUGCGCAAACGAAGACCUGCCCCAAGAUGAAUUGACAUGCACUUUUGACGCAGAUUCAUGCCAAGCCACCGUCACUUAUGAUGGAGAAGAUGUGACAGGGCAAUGCCUACCAGAUAAUUCCAAGUAGAAAAUAUGACGUUUCAUUGCUCUUUGAAAUGCAGGACCUUCUCAUUUUUUAUACAAAAAAGUAUUAGUUUUUAUUGAUCUGUCUUUUAUAAGAAGUAAAAUGUUUCUC